GGUUUGCCAUUGUGUCUGUGUGUGGUUCUCUUUCUCUCUGUGUGUGUAUGUGUGUGAAAUGGAAAGAGAGAGGGAGAGACAGAGAGAAAGAGAGCCUUGCCUUGUCAGACUGGCAAUAUCUAACCUCCCCCAACACAGUCAGUCGGUAUGUCCACAUUUAAACAAAUAGCUCCUCUAAACUGCGUGUCCCUGACGGGUAAUAUACCGUGAAGUCACACCUGUCGGUAAACAUCCUGUAACAUGUCAAAGGCAAACUUAAGUCCUGAAAGAAAAGCCUUAAAUUCUUAAACUGAAAUAAACAUUUAAUGUCAGAUGUGUUACUCUGGUUUUAAAAAAAGGGCACACAUUUGGUGUUAUAACCACAGCUGCAUCUUUACAGGUUAGGCCCUGUCCCUUACAGCCUGUCAAGGUGGGCAAUUUUGUUGAAAUUAGGUCAAGGUAUUAGUCUUUAAUGCUCAUAAUUAUUAUUAGGACAUAGAUUAGAUAAUUUUGGACUUUCCCCCCUCAGAAGUAGUUCCAGGAAAGAUCACUUAGGCUGCAUUUGAGCAGCUUCGCAGUAUCAGCACAUCCCUUUUUCUCUUUUUAGCUGAAGGACAAAUUUAAUUGUGCAGUUAUUACAUAAAUUAUGCUAUAAACGUACAUGUCAGUCCUUUUAAUUUUGAACGUUCUCCUUCAUGGACUUAAAAACACUGAAAAACUACAGAAUGGGAGUUGCUCCAUUUUGGAAUGACAUUACAGCAUGCUGCAUAGUAAAAUAUGAAUUACCUUGAGAAGUAGCUGGUUCACACUAUAGGAGGUAUGGUAGUAAUAUGGUAGAUUUAAGGUAGAUGGAUAUAGUGUCUCUAUGGGAUAUAAUCAUCGGUGUUAAUAUUGAUGUGUAAUUAUUUGAAAUGUAUCUGUGUGAAUGCAGAUGUCUGUGUAAUGCACAGGACAUAACACAGUGUAACAUCAGACAUGUAUUUAGCUGCUUUCAUUCACCUUGUUUGACCUCUCCUACAGAUGGAAGUGAUCAGCUCCCUCCUUCAAAUUCACCCAUAUCGAUCCCUCCCACUACACUCAGUUUAUAGCAGAUUUUUUUAGGGGUAAAAACAGAUUGUGAAGCCACAGACAUUAUUUGCUUCAAGGCUGCUUGCAUAAACUGUGCUUGCCUAGUUGCCAUGGUUACAUUUUCAGACUUGAUAAUUUCAAAGUCGGAUUUCAUGUGAGAUGGGAGCCACACAGACGAAAUGAUGGAGCUGGAAUACAGAUGAAAGGAGGCAGGAGCGAACAGAUGUCACCUUUUUGUUCUGUUUUUGUUGUCAAGCUGACCUUACAGAGGAACAGUUUGAUAAAAAAAUUAGCUCAUUCUCUAAGUGAUAACAGGAGCAUUUUGUUUCUAAGAUACUUAAGUUUCCAUGGAGGCAGGUUCGUCCCUCAGCCUCAAACGAAGAUAUGAAGAGGUGGACAACAGCUCUCCAUUCUCUACACCUAAGGACUCUGACGAUGACAUCUCCAGCAGUGACAGUGCUGACAGCUGUGACAGCCUCAACCCUCCCUCCAGCACUGCAUUUACCCCCACCUCUAUCCUCAGGCAGCACAAGCCGUCACCAGGGGGGAAACGGGUACGUUUUGAUUUGGUGACGGUGUAUUACUUCCCCCGGCGGCAGGGCUUCACCAGCGUGCCCAGCCAAGGGGGCAGCUCCCUGGGUAUGGCCCGCCACCACUCCUCCAUCAGACACUACACACUGGGGGAGUUUGCACGCGAACAGGAAACCAGUCACCGGCACACUUUGCGACAGCACCUGCGCCAGGAGAAGCUGAAUGCCCGCAAAAUGAAGCUGACAAGGAACGGCACAGUGGAGUGCGCUCAGGCGGAGCUGCUGACUCUGGACGAUGUGUCGGAUGAGGAUCUCGACGUGGACGGCGUGGAAGUGGACGACUGUUUCUUCCUUCAGCCGCUGCCCACCAAACGGCGUCGAGCCCUCCUGCGAGCCUCCGGCAUCACCCGCAUCGAUGCGCGUGAGAAAGCUGAGCUCCGAGCUAUCCGCCUCUCUCGGGAGGAAUGCGGCUGCGACUGCCGUUUGUACUGUGACCCUCGCCAUUGCGGCUGCAGCCAGGCUGGUAUUAAGUGCCAGGUGGAUCGAAUGUCUUUCCCGUGUGGCUGCUCUAGGGAUGGCUGCGGCAACGUAGCAGGUCGUAUCGAAUUCAACCCUCUACGUGUCAGAACUCACUACCUGCACACCAUCAUGAAGCUGGACGUGGAGAAGAGGAGGAUGCUCAUACAAGGAACAGGAGACCAGUAUGCUGAAUCAGACCCACUGUCUUCCCCCUCCUCCACGUGUCCCACUUCACCGGACCUUUCUUCAGUCGCUGGCCUGGACUCGGAGCUGGAGGAGAGCGAGGUGCAGUCGGUCGUGGAGGUUCAGGAUCUUCUGGCGGAGCAGGAUAUACUGGAGAGGGAGAACGAGACAGCCGUGCUGCACCUGCAGAGCGCAGAAGAGCAGGAGAGGAGGGAGAGGGAGGAGGCUGAAGGGGAAACAGUGCAGCCAGAGCUGAGUGCUGAUGGGCUCACAGAGCAGCCUCUCUGCCUCCUACCCAGUGCCUUGGGAGGGGAGCUGCCUGAGCAGGCAGAGGUUCCAGGUGUUGAGCAGGUCCUCCUGCAGGGGCCUUUCCCUACAGGGGCUACGGUCUUGUGCAUCACUGACAACCAGGAGGAGAGCCCUUCUGACCUCCUCAAAGACUCCUCUUCCCUGCUCUACUAUCAACUCAGUCCCAUAGAGCCUGGAGCCUUUGAGACGCUGCCCAGAACAGAGGAAGCUGAACAGGAGGAGCCUUUGGUGAGAGAACAAGAUCCAAGAGAAGAUGAGUUUGCGGAAAGGAAACAAGAAGGAGGAGAGGAGCUGAAGGAAGAUAAGCAUGAAGACAAGCCUUUGACCGAUGUUAUUCUGUGCUCAGAGGAAUGCGUGGCAGCAGUGGAGGAGAGGCCUGCGAGUCCUCAGCAGAAGAUCCCGGAAGAACAGUGCCAAGAGCAGUCGUGCAUGAAGAAAGAAGUAGAUCCACUGCCUCCUGAAGUUUAGUACUAGCGUCUCUGCAGAUAAUUUGCACAAUAGCUUCAUCUAAGAUGAGUAAAUUACACAUUUUACAUGUAUUACUGCUAUUAUCAUAAAUAACUACAGGUCUGUUAUAGUGACUGUCAAUAAAAUAUGUGAAGAAUGAGCUUGAGUGUUACACAAAGGAGGAGAGAUGCUGAAAGCACAUACAGAUCACUCCCCAGAAGUAAUAUGGAUGCAGUUCAAAGACAACAUUGUAGGUAAUUCUGUUGGGGGUGAUGAAUGCGGCCUUAAUGGAAAAAAACACGGAAACACUUGUGCGUAGGAGUCGAUUAGGAGUACAGCGAGUAGUGUUUUGUUAAUUUCCAGCGCAGCAAACAGAAAAUACAGUGUGUGAAUGCUGACAUAAGCCUUUUGUUUUGUGAUGUGUAAAGGUGUCAACACUAAACACAAAUUGUUUUUUCAGCGCGCAAGAAGCUGGUGUAUUUCAAUACUUUACUGGCUCACUUUCCAUUACAGCAAACUCACGCUGUAGUCAAGCCAAAUGAAGGCCUCCGAUCCAACCUUCCCCUGAAAAUAGACCUAAUAAUCCUGGAAAUACUUGUUUUUGUGUACUGUAUAUGCAUUUGCAAUGUGCAGGACAGAGAUGAAGUUUCUUUGAUCUGUAUGCACAUUGCGAAAUGAGGGCAGCAAAUGUGGCUCUGUCUCAUUGAGAGGAGGAGGAAAAACAAUUAAAAAAAAGAGCAGAAAUUAGCACUGGCUGUAGUUGUUACUCACUUUGGACUGCUCGUACAAAUGCAGUCGAUUUGUCAAAAAAAAAAAGUUUACUUGUAGUUGCAAUGCCUAUGACAUUAUUUCUCCGAGUAAUGUGUCAUUUGUGGAUACUAUACUAUUGGUUUUGAAGUUGAAGUCGUUGCAGUUCGUUUUCUUUGGGAAUGAAAGGAAAUGUAAUUUUUUUUCAUCCUGCUACAUUAUAAUGUCAUGUUAUGAUGAGUUGCCAGAAUAGCUCUUCCUAGUCUUUUUUAAUUGAUGUUCUAUAAGAAAGCAAAGAUUUUGAAUCGAGUCAAAUUUCCCAAGAAGAAAACAGCAGUAAGAGUCAAAGUCAAACUGAGGCUUGUGCUGUUGGAAGUAGUUAUAUGAAACAAUGUGAUGCUAGUAAUUUAUGGAUCAGAUUGACAUCGACCUGAAUUUGCGUGUUUUAUGUUCCGUCUGUAUGUGUGCGAGUGUGUGUACACCUACUUUACAUUUGUACGUCUAAGUGAGGGAGGAAGGUAUGUACUGUAUUAGAGAUUGGGAGGUGCUGGCGAGGACACGCAUUUCAUUCAUGACAGGUGCUGAUGUUACAGAUUUACAGUUUACAGGAUCUCCUCCCUAUCACCACGAGAAACAAUGUUUCUCCACUUGAUUGAUGUAAGAAGCACCAGAGAGCCUCUCGUAGGAACGCAAUAGCUACUGCACUGCAAAAAUCAUUAAUGUGGUGAUUAUGGAAUGAGGUGUCUCAUGAUUAUGUAAAUGCAAUCGUAUCGCAUUUCUGCUCUUUCGGUGUCUUUUUUUUAAUCUCGGUCUGAUUAAUACUGAUCUCCGUAAGCGUGCCGACUCUUCUUACACAAAAUCAGUCCUUUGUUUUGUUGCCUAUAAUUACAGCUGUUGCUUUGUGUAACUGCUCGCCUAACACAGGAUAUGCUGCUGUGUAUGAGAUGUCUGAUGUGUUUCUUUGCCUUUUUUGUUUUGAAAUUGUCUUAAUCUAAAUCUGCUUACAAGUUGCACCAAAGCAGUGGUUUCAAACCUAAUUAAAUGAUGCUUUCAUCCAUCAGAUUCUAACAAAGCAGUCUCCUCUAGUUAUUGUGAGGCUGCAGAUUUAUUGUGGCUCUUUGUGUUUGCGUGACUUGCCUUGAUAUAGUACCAUCUUUGAAGUGAUGAUGAUUACAAGCUGCCUAUUGUUGAGCUUUUGUCCUCGGCUUUCUACUAAUAGACUUAGGUUUGGGACCACUGCACUGAAUUAACUCCAGUACACUAUGUGAUUGUGUGUUUUCUCUGCGUGAAUGGGGUGUGUGAUUGUUGAGAAGACUGAUAAGUUUAGACUUCAUCUAACAGCUGUGAGAACUACUCUCAUGCUAACUGUUGCCUAAAGUGGACACAAAAGAUUUUAUACAAAAAUAAAAACAAUAAAUUACUCAUUGCAAAAAGGA